GGUUGACCCCAAUAUGGAGGCGAAGGACUUCUGGCGGAAGUACGACAUCACUGUUCACGGAAAGGACGCCCCGUUGCCACUCAUGUCAAUGCAUGCCUUCAAAUGGCCCCAACGUAUCGCCGAAGCCCUCGAGACGGAUCAGUUCACUUCGCCCACUCCCAUACAGUGCCAGUCGUGGCCCAUCGCUCUCGAGGGCCGGGAUCUGGUCGGUGUGGCGCAGACCGGUUCGGGCAAGACGUUGUGCUACGUAUUGCCCGCUUUUGUCAAGAUCUUGAGGGACAGACCCCAGAGAGGACCCAAAUGUCUGAUUCUGGCGCCCACUCGAGAGUUGGCUCAACAGAUCCAAGAAGUGGUCCGUCGGUAUCGUUUCGCGAACAACGUGUGUCUCUAUGGCGGCGCUUCCAGAGGGCCGCAGAUGAGACAAAUCCGCGAAAUGAAUCCGCAGAUCAUAAUCGCAACGCCCGGCCGUAUGAUUGACUUCGUGGAGAGCCGUGCGAUCGACAUCCGGGCCGUCGACUAUCUGGUUCUGGACGAAGCGGACCGUAUGUUAGACAUGGGUUUUGAGCCGCAGCUGAAGAAGAUCAUCGCUCAGUUGCCACGAGAGCGCCAGACACUGAUGUGGUCGGCCACGUGGCCCAAAGAGGUGAAGGCAUUGGCCGCGCAGUACAUGAAAGACUACGUGCAGAUCAAUGUCGGCGGCACUGAACUGUCGGCCAACAAGAAUAUCAAGCAAUACGUCGAGGUUUGCGAAGAGUUCGACAAAAAGCAGAAACUGUUUGAUCUGUUGACCAAAAUCAGAGCCGAUUCGCGCGAAAACAAGACCAUUAUAUUCGCCGAAACGAAGCGUAAGACCAAUGAUUUGGCCAAUGAGUUGCGGAACAGCGGGUGGCCCUCCGCCUCCAUUCACGGCGAUAAACCACAACACGAAAGGGAUUGGGUUCUCAAAGAGUUCCGAUCGGGUCGUUCACCGAUUCUCGUAGCCACGGAUGUGGCCGCUCGUGGAUUGGGUGAGUCAGGCACUCACCAUGUGGACGACAUUAAGUAUGUCGUUAAUUAUGAUUAUCCAAACUCUGGUGAAGACUAUGUCCACCGAAUUGGUCGCACCGGACGUCGCGAUAAGAAGGGAACCGCUUUCACAUUCUUCACGUCGGCGAACGCGAAACAGGCGAAUGAGUUGAUUGAUGUCCUCAAAGAAGCGGAUCAAACGGUCGAACCAAAGCUUUACGAUUUGGCCCAACAGUCAAGAUAUAUGGGAAAUAACAAACGCCGUCGUUAUGGCACCGCUGGUGGAGGCGGCGGCGGUUGGGGCGGACGCUCUAAUGGCUACUCCGGCGGUGGCGGAGGAGGCGGUGGUUUUAAGCGUAAGUUUGACGGCCAGAACGGCGGCGGACCCGACGCCAAGAGACCGGUGCGAAGAGAGUACGACUCGUCGUCGAGUACUAAGCGUUUUGGAUCUCAAAGUUCUUAUAAUAACGGUUACAGCUCUACGAGUAAACCCGUAACCAAUUCGUACGGAUCUUCAAACGGAUCGGUUUCGCAGAACCGCUACAGCAGUUGGGAUUGAUUUUUACUAAUUCUUAAGAUCUUUUAAUUAUAAUUUCCAUUUCAUUAUAUUUAAUGUCUUUUUCUUCUUUUCUCUUCUCAUUUAAAAUUAUUAUUUUUCUAAUAAUAGUCUGAAUUAUAAAUUAUAAAAUUAAAGUACAUUUUGGGAUCUAUUAAGCGCUCAAAUAGUAUUUUAGGCCACAUUAGGAUCAAUAAAAA